AUGCUUGGCUUGAUCCGUCUCUACUCCUUGGUGGUAUUCACCAUCGCCUCUGACCUCUUCUUCCAACAAACUCAUGGGCAAAAUGUCCCACCAGAGCAAUGUGCCACAGGCGUGCAUGCCAUCAUUGCCCGUGGACAAGCAGCGACCGGAGAAACAGGCUUUGAUCCGUUGAAUGUCAUGGCGGCACUACAAAACCUCAUCCUGAACCAGAUUCCCGGCUCAACGAGUCUCGGUCUUCCCUAUCAAUAUGGUGCAGAAAAUAAGUUUGUCGCUGUGUAUGAUGGAGCGCAGCUGUUGCAGGACUACAUCACCAGCUAUGUUGCUAGUUGUCCCAAAGCCAAGAUUGUCGUCGUGGGUUACUCACUGGGUGCAUGUCUCACAAUGGACGCAAUCUGUGGAACAUCUUCUAUCGGGUUUAUUCCAGUAACCGCGCUUGAUAGCAAAUAUGCCUCCAACGUGAUUGGUGUAAUCGCAUACGGAGAUGAGACCUUUGCGCCCUUGCAGUCGUGGAACGUCGGAACAUGCGACAUUGGACUCGGACUAUUUCCUCGUCUGGCCCCCUGGUCAUGCGAACCUUUCGCUUCAUCUAUUCACAGUUAUUGUGACAUAGGCGAUAGUCAAUGUUGCUCUCCGUUUCCUCUUGACAACAAUGCCGCCCAUCAUGCCUACCAGGCUAAAUAUGAUCAGGCCGUGGUGGAUUUCAUCAAGGAACGACUAUAA